AUGGUCAACUGGAAAGACCCCAAUAGCCAGCACCGCCUUGUGGCAGCCCUCAUAGGUGCAAGCCCAAACAAACCUGACUACAAAGCUGUUGCUGCUCUUUUCGGGCAGGGCGCGACAUACGACUCUAUUGAAGGCCAAUGCAGAAAGUAUCGCAAGAUGGCCGACGAGCUCAAGGCCGAAGCAGCAAAGAAUGGAACAGUCACUAGUGCUCCCAAGACCCCUCGUACGGGGAACCGCGUCUUGAAGCCUACCGCUACCCCGUCAACUGGUAAAAGCAAAAAGGCGAGCAAGAACCUGGCUCGGAACGGCGCUCUGAUUAAGUCUGUCUUUGUGGGAAACGACGAUAACGACGGCGAAGCUGGUGCUGACAGCACCGGGGUCGCGCCAAAAAUCGAAAUCGAGGACACAGACAUCAUCCCUAGCAUCGAGCGUGACGACGACGCUCAAGAACAAGUCGAAGUUGUUGUUCCCGUGAAACAGGAGGACAUCUUCGCAUCGGGCAACAGGGACACAGCCGCCUCGAGCUCCUUCUUCCGUACCCGUCGCUCUGCUGCGCCGGUGGAUUCCGACUCUGAGGACGAAUACAUGGAGUCGCCGAAUUCUUCGCCCACGCCGCAGGGGAUACGCGGCCAGACUCGCACUCGCCCUUCGCGUGUUUCAGCUGCACCUCGCCAGAGCUAUGUUGACAGACUCGAAGCAACUGACGACGAGACGGCAUAG